UCAUCAUAGAAACCUAAUAGUUAGAAGUGCCAGUGGUAAACAGGUGUGUCCCAUGGCAACUACUGUCUGGCUUUAUUCUCGACUCAAACACAUAGGUGUACACAAAGUCUACGUGAUUCCAAAUGCCAGGAUUUCAGGUAAAUGAGAUAUUAAAAAGCAUAUAUUAGCAUGUGGGUAUGUAUGUUUGUGUCUAUUUCAACCACUUAUGUUAAUUCCAGCACCCAAAAAUGCUAAAAUAACGCUUUGUGUAAUCGUUUAGCAUGACAGUUCGAUGGUUGAUCAGAUGACAAGACUCAAACUCAAACUGCUGGAGAAGAGACUGGAAAACCAAAAGCACAAUAUGGACGACAGAGCGGAGUCUGCCCAGUCUGAAAGGAGUUAUGAUGGAGAGUUGGAUCAACUGCACCGUGCACUGAGGCGAAAGCAGGACCUACUGCAAAGACUCAGGGAGCAGCACAUGUUAGAGGACCUCAACAGACCUCACACCUGGGGAGGGUCACAAAGACAGUACAAGUCACAUUUCUUCACUGCCCCUCAACCACCUCCACCACUCCCACUCCACCAACCAGCCCCUGCUCUGUCCUUUCUGCCCCAUCCACCACCUGUUCCGCCUCAGCCUCCACGCAUCAUCCAGCAGACUCUACCCCAGCAGCCUGCCACCAUCAUACAUCAGCCUCUGAUUCCUCCACCUCAGCCCUACCCUGCACCACGCUCAGGCAGCAUCAAAGAGGACAUGGUGGAAUUGAUGCUGAUGCAAAAUGCCCAGAUGCACCAGAUUAUAAUGCACAAUAUGAUGCUGAAAGCCAUGCCUCCUAUGUUGCCAGCUGGAGGGCCCAGUCACUGUGCCCCUCAAGCUACAUAUCUUGGGCAGGAAAGUUACCAAGGAAACCCCAUUUUUCUAAGGCCAGAUGUCAAACCAAGAGGAAGUGCUGUCCAUCAUCAUCAUCACUAUGGUCCUACCCUUGCAGCACCACAGCUGCCUCCCAUCAGCCACCCUACAUGGCUACCAGGGGUGUCAUCGGACCCAGCAGGGGGACAUCUACCCUCCAUACACCAUGCCCCUUUCACACUCCCACCACUCAAUGUCUAAGGUUUACUAACAGCAUGUGUAGUCUACUUUGUGUCUAGCAUUUCAACCAAUUUGACUGACAAACACAUUUGUUUGUGU